AUGCUUCAUCCAGAGUGCACGGCGGCAUACGAUUGCCUAGGCUGGAUAAUCCUUUUAUUCGUCGUCGUCCUGGCCAUCUUGAUGAUAAUAGGCUACUGUCAAAGUGGAUUUGCUUACAGAUGGUAUGAUAUUUUGAACGAAAUGCUUUUCAACUCCGGCGAGACGUCCCGAAUCGAAGUUGAAAAAAUUCCAGAAGAGUUCCAAAUUCAUGUUAUUCAGCAAGAACCUAUGCGAAUGAUUCUAGAAAACGAGUUUGUUGUUCACAAGCGACUUGAGUUCGAAACAACUGCCUCAACGACAAUUACAACUAAGAAUACGCCACCUCCAACAGCAGGACCGCCGAGCAAGUUGCUCAUUGAACCCAUUUUUCCUCAAAUGGACUACCCAGAAACAUGCGGUUGGUUAAAAGAAUCAACGAUGAAAAAAUCGAUGUGUUCGAUUUCCUCCCUUUCUUCGUGCAACACUCCCUUAUUCGCCGAUGUUCUCUCCCUAACUUCCUCCACCGAAUCUUGUCCAGUCAAUCAUUCAGCGACGAUUCUCGAGCGAAUUUUCGAAUACGCACAAAAACUCGCUUCCAAUUCUGGGUUUUUCAAGGGACAGUGCGCGACAACCAAGAAACAGCUUCCUUGUGAUUUGAUGAUGAUCAAUUUGGACAGAGAAGACCAGCUCAAGCCUUCGAGUUUUAUUCGAAAAAUGAGGAUGAUAACAAGAAAGAUCGUUGCUGACUGCGAAAUCAGCCAUCGACACGAGCUGCAGGAGCUUUACAGAGAAGUCUGGUCUUCGAUCAAAUCUUGCGGCCCAAAUCAAAACACAAAAUCCGACGAUUUGUCUCUUUUGAUCGGCGAGCGCGGCUUAGCUUUCCAAAAGCCGAGGAAAGAAUUCUGCCGCAUCUCCGGCUAUGCCUCUCGAAAUAUGAAAUGGUUCUCUUCCCGCCUCGGUCUUGUCAAGGAUCAGGAGCGAGCUGUGGAAUUGUUCGAGGAAUUGGCUGAAGAGAUCGCGGAUAUUGGGGCAAAAGCGGCUCAUAAUGUCGGAGAAAGAUGCUUGUUAGAUGGAGAUGUCGCUGAUCGGAUUCCCUGCGAGCUUGCGUUCAUCCCUAAAAAUGAAGAAGGAUGUCAACUUGGAGCACGAUUAGCGCGAGUGGUCAAAUACCUGCAACAAAAAUGCCCACUUCUUGUUUCGCAAGCUGUUCCGAGAAAACUAAGAAAACUUGAAGAAGCAUUGGCAAGGGAAGAAGGAACAUGUCCAGAACUAGGGACGAAGAUGACAAGAGAUAUUAGACUUGUGGCGAUGAACACGCUAUAA